AUGCUCCGUGCCGGUAAAGCGACAAAUCUCGAGAGACUUUCCUUCAUCGAAGCCGAUCUCAUCAAUGACGAUGGUUGGACAGAUGCAGUAAAAGACUGCACCUACGUUCUCCCCGUCGCAUCGCCACUGCCAGCCUCCGCGCCUAAGAAUGAGAAUGAACUAAUAAAACCCGCCCGUGAAGGCACUUUACGUGUCCUCCGAGCCGCACGCGAUGCCAAGGUUAAGCGUGUCGUUGUGACUUCAUCCUCUGCAGCUAUCGAAGGACAUGGACGGCAGGAUCGGAAUAAGGUCCUCACUGAGGAAGAUUGGUCCGAUGUUAACGCCCCUGGUCUUGGCGCGUACGCGAAAAGCAAAACCCUGGCAGAGCGCGCUGCGUGGGAUUUCAUCAAGAAUGAAGAUGGUGGGCUGGAAUUGUCUGUGAUUAACCCUGGCAUGAUUGCGGGUCCGGUUCUAGCGUUGGACACCUCCUCAUCGAUCGAGGCGAAUGGGGAGCGAUUUCUAUGCCUGUCCCAGCCGCAGAUGUCGAUGAAGGAUAUUUCGUUGGCUUUACGAGAACGAUUGGGCGAUAAGGCUAAAAGAUGUCCCACGCGCAGUAUUCCUGAUUUUGUUGUGAGGAUCAUGGGAAUCUUUGAUUCGGGUAUUGUGCUGGUUGUUCCCAUGUUGGGUCAAACUUUCGUGGUUUCUGUGGACAAUGUUCUGGGCUGGACGCCUCGUUCUAGUGUUGAUGCAGUGGUUGCUGCCGGAGAAAGCCUCUAUAAAUUGGGCUUAGUGAAGAAGUGA